AUGGUCCUAAAUGCUACAAAAUGUUCAAUCAUUUUCAUCGCGGUGGAACUGAACGCGUUAAGAGCUACAGUGAGGAAUCCUGGUGUAAACGAGGACCUUAUUGAUGAAUUACGGUCCAUUCACGACGCUGUGAAAGCCAAACCGGCCGAUCAUCAGCACGACUCAGGACCAACUCUAGCCGAGGAAAUUGCUUCGUCGUCAAGGGUAAAUCCAUCUACUUCGUCUAGCGGCUGGAGACGAAUCGGAAACAAAAUGCUUUGGAAACCUCAACAGUACUGGGAAGAUUACGACGAGAGGAAACGGAAGCGUGCGGCUCAAGUCAAGGCCGCGGAAAAAGCCAGGCGAAAACAGCAUAAAAAACAGCAGCAUCAACAAAGACAAAAAGAAAUGUUCCUAUCAAGAAAACAACAGAAGCAGUCACGAAAACAAUCCCCCGUAAAAAAUUCAUCAAAAGCAAGAGCCACUACUGAUAAAGAGCUACUGGCUGCCGCAAAAGUCGCUUUUAAUAGAAAAUCAACUCCGAAAGCGAAGAUCCCGACCUUCAUCAACUUCCAACGGGGAGAAACAUUGAACCCCGGUCCUAGUUCUGCUUCACCAAAUGUGCUAAGGCAUCGAAAAAGGCCUUCAAAUAUUCCUGCGCCACCCCCGGUCACUCCACACCUUCCAAACUCAUCAACAUACCAGAACAGUAACACGAUGACGACAGUGCCACCUGCUCAUCCAUACGCUACCUUCAAUCAGCCAUUCACCGCACCUCUAGUUGCACCGUGCUGUCACCACGACCCAUCGGCAUUAUAUUUCAACCCGGUAAUGUAUAACAACCCAUAUUUUCUGCCGAACCGACGCGUGCCUAUGUAA